AUGUCUUGGAACCUGACUAAGAAAUUCAAGGAGACCCACCUGGGUCCUCUGAAGAAUUCCCUUGGAGGCCGGUCGACCUCUACUUCGACAAUCAAAGCAGACUCAGUUGAGCCCAUGGAAGAGAAGCUGAGUACCAGCAGCAGCAAUGAUCUUGCUGCGUCUGAAGCUAUGAUUUCUCCACCUCAAGCGCCACUUAAACCUGGAAUCCUUGUUGUAACUCUUCAUGAAGGCAAAGACUUCUCACUGCCUCCUCAUUACCAACAACAGUACAAUCCACAAUAUCAGAACUCGGCAUCAAAUGGCUUCUCCGUGGCUGGAUCGAUGCGUGGCGAUUCUUCAAUGUCACGUACUCCUGGUGGAAUAGCUGGAUCCUACGCUCAAAAUGCUCGUCCCGCCUCGGGCGGAGGUAUCAACGCCGCCCCUACCAUUCAUGGUCGCUACUCCUCGCGGUACCUUCCGUACGCCCUCCUCGAUUUUGACAAGGUCCAAGUUUUUGUGGAUGCUGUAUCUGGAAGUCCACAGAAUCCAUAUUGGCCUGGCGAAAAUACCUCCUACAAAUUUGAUGUCUCUCGUGCUACAGAAUUAACGGCGCAAAUAUACCUUCGAAACCCUAACGCAAGAACGGGCGCAGGGAGGAGCGAAGAUAUUUUCUUGGGCAUAGUUCGUGUCAAUCCACGGUUCGAGGAGGUCAAGCAAUACGUAGAGGAUCCCAAAGCUAGUAAGAAAGAUCGGGAGCGAGGAAUGGCUGCAUUCACUCAGCAGGAGCGACAAAUGGGACAAGUGGGUAGUGAAUGGCUGGAUGUUGCUUUCGGAACGGGGUCGCUGAAGAUUGGUGUUGUAUUCGUCGAGAAUCGGCAUAGAACUUUGACGAUCGAAGACUUUGAGCUCUUGAAGGUCGUUGGGAAGGGUAGCUUUGGCAAAGUGAUGCAAGUCCGGUACGUGCAAACAAUGCCUAAAGCCCACAUUAUCUCCAGAUCCGAGGUUGCGCACACGCUUGCUGAGCGGUCAGUCUUGGCCCAGAUUAACAAUCCGUUCAUUGUUCCCCUCAAGUUUUCAUUCCAAUCCCCUGAAAAGCUCUACCUUGUGUUGGCCUUCGUCAAUGGUGGUGAGCUUUUCCAUCACCUGCAGCGCGAGCAGCGCUUCGAUGUCAAUAGAGCAAGGUUCUAUACCGCUGAACUCCUUUGCGCCUUGGAAUGUCUACACGGUUUCAACGUUGUCUACCGGGAUCUUAAACCAGAAAAUAUUCUCCUCGACUAUUCUGGACACAUCGCUUUAUGCGAUUUCGGACUAUGCAAGAUGGACAUGAAGGACGAGGAUCGAACGAACACUUUCUGCGGUACUCCUGAGUACCUUGCGCCAGAACUACUCCUCGGUCAAGGUUACGACAAAUCGGUGGAUUGGUGGACCCUGGGUGUGCUCCUCUAUGAAAUGUUGACAGGCCUACCUCCAUACUACGAUGAGAACACCAACGAGAUGUAUCGAAAGAUACUAUCGGAACCUCUUCACUUCCCAGGACCGGAGAUUGUGCCGUUGCCGGCAAAGGACCUUUUGAUGCAGCUUCUCGAUCGUAGACCAGAGCAAAGGCUUGGGGCCAAGGGCCCGUCUGAGAUCAAAGCUCACCCAUUCUUCAAUGCUAUCGAUUGGAGGAAGUUAUUGCAGCGAAGAUACGAUCCUACGUUCAAGCCCAAUGUGACCGAUGCGCUUGACACGGCGAACUUUGACCGGGAAUUCACCCAAGAGGCGCCCACCGACUCUUACGUCGAGGGACCGAUACUCUCGCAAACCAUGCAACAGCAAUUCACAGGCUGGUCCUACAAUCGUCCUGUCGCUGGUCUCGGAGAUGCUGGUGGCAGUGUAAAGGAUCCAUCGUUUGGGAGCGUUACCGGCUGA